AUGCAACAUGAAGCUCCCUGUUUGGUAGGUGUCGGUACUUUCUUUCGCUUUGCUUUGAGCGUGGGGGAUGUAUGUGGUCGCUCGCGCGAUGACACAGUCACGUUCGCUUCGAAAAUUCAUGAUCCUAUGGCAGAAGGAGUGCUACCAAAUCCUAUCACCGCCAACAAGAAAACAAGGUCAGUUUCCUUUGACGAAAUUCAAAUCCGCAACUACAACACAAUUGUCGGCGACCAUCCUUUGUGUAUGUCGGGGUUUCCUUUGAGUCUGGGUUGGGAAGUAGAUAGCACAGAAUUGUAUUCUGUCGAUUACUAUGAGAAAUUUCGACUACCGAGACGAAAUCGUCACCAGCUGCGCACUUCGAGCGAAGAAAGGGAGCGCAUUCUUUGUAAAAAUUACGCGAUUGAAUCUUCGUACGAAAUACGACAAGCCCGCCGCAAGCUACAUCGGGUCCGAAGCACCAACGCCAAAUUGCACGAACAGGUGAAAGAAAUGUUUUUUAACGAGGCGCUUUUCAGUCAAUAG